UAAAACAACAGGAAUUUGUGUCUCCUAGUUUUCAAAGGCUGAGAAGUCCAAGAUCAAAGUGGUGUAACAAGCUCUGCAGAACCCAACCACAUGGCCCAGGGAGGCCUGCUGUUCUACAAAAUUAAGCAAAGUAAAUUGGAUAGCUAACUACCCAGAGAAAUAUAGUGGAAAAUGCAAAACAACGAAAUUAUAAAGCCUGCCAAAUACUUCUCGGAGUUGGAAAAGAGCAUCUUGCUUGCUUUAGUAGAAAAGUACAAAUAUGUGCUGGAGUGUAAGAAAAGCGAUGCCCGAACUAUUGCCCUCAAACAACGUACCUGGCAGGCGCUUGCCCAUGAAUACAACUCCCAGCCAAGCGUUUCCCUGCGGGAUUUCAAACAGCUAAAGAAGUGCUGGGAGAACAUCAAGGCUAGGACCAAAAAAAUUAUGGCUCAUGAAAGGAGAGAGAAAGUGAAGCGGAGUGUGAGCCCACUGCUCAGCAGCCACGUCCUGGGGAAGGAGAAGAUCAGCACCAUGCUGCCUGAGCAACUCUACUUCCUACAGAGCCCUCCUGAGGAGGAGCCGGAGUACCACCCUGACGCCCCAGCCCAAGAAUCAUUUGCUGUUUCAAAUAGAGAACUGUGCGAUGAUGAGAAAGAGUUCAUACAUUUUCCAGUAUGUGAGGGGACCUCUCAACCUGAACCCUCGUGUUCAGCUGUCAGAAUAACAGCCAAUAAAAACUACAGGAGCAAAGCCUCUCAGGAAGGUGCUUUAAAAAAGAUGCAUGAGGAAGAACACCAUCAACAAAUGUCCAUCUUACAACUGCAGCUGAUACAAAUGAAUGAGGUGCAUGUGGCCAAAAUCCAACAGAUAGAGCGGGAGUGUGAGAUGGCAGAGGAGGAGCACAGGAUAAAAAUGGAAGUUCUCAAUAAAAAGAAGAUGUAUUGGGAAAGAAAGCUACAAACUUUUACCAAGGAAUGGCCUGUUUCUUCAUUUAACCGGCCCUUUCCCAAUUCACCCUAAGACUUUUGGGAGUGACUCCCUUGUAAUUAAUCUGUGUUGGAAAUGAAAGUCUGGAAGAUGAACUUCCGGUCAGUAACUUGUAACGGAGCUACAACUAGGAAAAUUUAGAGUGGUAGUAGUCACUUAUUUAAGAAUACAUUCAGGUAGAACAGCCGCACCCUAUGUACCCCUCAAAGGGUAAAGAAGCUGUUAGAGUCUUCUGAAAAUUAUCACUACGAGUGCUAUAAUUCUGAAUGUAAUGUUAAAAUUCAUGUAAGAACCAUGUGCGAGUGUGUUGUAGGGUUUUUGGUUGUUGUUUUGUUUUUUUUUUAAAUCAAAUGCAAGUGUGACUAUAAAGGAGUGUGGCUGAUUUUGUUUUUUCUUUCUAAGUAGUCAUUUUCUAUCCGAAUUAAUGCCCUCCCAUUGAAAAUGGCUGUCCUGGUGGCCACAUGUCUCUGUAGGGGAGGAGCCAUUGAUUACUCUCAAAACUUGCUGGAGGCCUUUGGGGAAUCUCCGAGAGAGCUGUGACCCCUUGUUACGUCACUUCUUCAGGGCCAUCCUCUAGAGUGUGGAUUUUCUGGAAAGAUAUUUUCUAAAGUAGCUUAUAAAACUGCCUUUUUAAGGCCUUUUCCCCCAAAGAGAAAUUCCAAGUAAGGUCUCCAACCAUGGUAGUUUCGUUGGAACUAAGACUGUAAUAACUUUGAGGGUUUAAUGUUCAUUUAGAUUUCUACCUUCUGUUACAUUUGUUUUAUUAAAGAAAAGUCUUGUAAUUUUA